AUGGAAUGGACAAAUGAAAAUACAAUGGAAUUUUUAAAUCUUUAUGAAAAAGAAGCAUUAAUAUGGAAUCCUAAAGAUCCUUUACACAAAAAUAGGAACGCUGUUAGUGAUGCUUGGAACAGGAUAAAAGAUCAACUAAGUGUAAACUGUUCAAUCCAAGAUCUAAAAAAAAAAAAAGAUUCACUGAUGGCAUCUUUUCGACCACUAUCCCACAAAGUGAAGGAUAGUAUGAGAACGGGCUCCGCGGCAAAUAACGUAUUUAAACCUAAUUGGAUUUUUUACGAACCCAUGGCAAAAUUUUUACACAGUAUUUAUCAACCAAACGUCACAAUUAAUACAGAGGAAUUUAUUGAUGAACAUGAUAUAUUAAAUGUAGCCGAAGAAAACAUAGAAGAUGAUGUUAUUUUAACAGAAUCAACCUUACCGUCUCCAGAUUCAGCAGUUUUUAAAUCCCCAGCGACCAAAGGAAUGAAAAGAAAGAACGUAAUUGAAGACUGCAUGAUGGAUGCAUACAAAAUUAUGAAAAAUGUCGUUGAAAAACCACAAAAAGAUGAUUGUUCUUUACAUGCAGAACUACUGGCUCGAAAACUUAGAACAUUUGAUGAGUCUACUCGGGAAAUACUCAUGCACGAGAUCGACGAAUUAAUUUUCCGUGCAAAAUGUGAAACACGAAACCGUACUGUACAAUCGCAUUUACCUACAAUGCAGCUUGGACAUCAGUAUCCACCAUCCUAUAAUAAUUAUGCCAUACCUCCAUAUUAUAAUCAUAACACUUCUUUGUCUCCAUUGCAUUCAAAUAUGAUACAUUCUAUUAAUAAUAUGUCUCCUACAGUUUCUUCUUUUUCUCCUCAUUCAUCAGAGAAUUCUCGCAUAAGUCAACCAUCUCCAAAUCCAAAUCCAUCUCAAGCUCCAGAAACUUAUUUUACCAAUACUGAACAAAAUGAAAGCGUGGAAGAUAGUUUGUUUAUAUAA